CGGCAAAGGACAGCGGCAGGAGAUCCUUCAGGCCUUCUACUGCACGGCUCCUUUGUGUCCCUGCUGGCGUGGAGUCCAAUACAGGAAGGGUCACACACUGAUGUCCUACCCCUGUCGGCCUAUAGGAUCACCCAGGGCCAGGACUUGUUGCCUUCCUCUUCUUCUUUUUCCUGCUGGGGCUUAAGGCUUUCUGGCCCCUCUGUAACCUCUCUUGGGUCUUGUCCAUUUCUACUUUGACGUGGUGAGUGAUUUCUUCUCCUUCUUCCUCUUUUGUUGACUUCUGAAGCUUUGUAUCGGUUCUUAGGUCUCUCUACAGCUUGAUCUUCCUUCCUUUGUGUCCUUUAAUCAUUCUUCUUUCUUCGUUUCCAGCCUUGAACGUCCCCAGCCCGCCAGCCUGACUUGUGACGAUGGAAAUGAUGAGUGAUGGCGCCGCGCCGCCCUGGUGGUGAUGGGUCGGCAACGGCUACGGCUGUUCGAGGCCUUCGAGCAGAAUCACCUAAACACUUAUUAUGUUUGAUCUUCCAAGUGAUUCAAGAACCGUGACUAAUAAUACGUGAGAGAUGAGACCAAAAGCAAACUCCACGGGUGACACAAACACGAGUCACAGGUGUGCACACGCCCGCACCGUUGCAGCAGAGCAGCAGUCAUGAGCCACCAGGUGAAGACACUGUUCUCUUGGGACACAGACUUCAGUGCAGAUUCAGCAGAAUUUUGUCCUGUUGAACCUCACCAAGACAUCCUGGCUGUGGGCACAUACCAGCUGGCUGACCCUGACUGUCCUGAGGGAGCUGAUGCCUCCAGCCUGCCUAAGAAGAGGCUUGGAAGACUUUACCUGAAGCACCUCAAAGACAAGUCAUUGGUCCUGGUGCAGCAGAUUGAUAUGCCAGCAAUCCUUGAUCUUAAAUGGUGCUGCCACGCUGUGCAAGGGUACAUCCUGCUGGCUGUUGCUAAUGCCAUUGGCCAGAUAUUAGUGUACAGGCUAGAGGUCAGUAAUGAACUUGUCCCACAGUUGAUAUUUUUGUGCCAGCUUGAUACUGAUGAGACAGACUCUCUAGCUCUCUCCCUUGACUGGUCCACUCGGAAAAAUCACAGUGACACUCCUUUGAUUACUGUUAGUGACUCAAAAGGCAAAAUAUCUGUGAUUCAGUUUGUCAACCAGGAACUGAGGCUGCAACAAAAGUUUCUAGCACAUGAAUAUGAAGCCUGGAUAGCCAGCUUCAGCUACUGGAAUGAGAGCAUCCUCUACACUGGGGGGGACGACGGGAAGUUCCGGUCCUUUGACACGAGGGAGGACCCAGCAAGACCAGUGUUCACCAACAGAAGCCAGCACAGCGCCGGCGUGACAAGCAUCCACGCCAGCACCAAGUCAGAGUUCACGGUGGCCACUGGCAGCUACGACGAGUAUGUGUGUCUCUGGGAUACGCGAAGGACUAAAUCCCCCGUGUGUGACCUAGGACUGGGUGGCGGUGUGUGGCGCCUCAAGUGGGAGCCAGGCCCUGAGACACUCCUCUUGGCUGCCUGCAUGCACAAUGGCUGCCAUGUUGUGGACACUUCUGACUCAACACUCCAGAAUGUGGCUUCCUUCACUGGCCACCAGAGUCUGGCGUAUGGUGCUGACUGGUGGUGGCCGGCCUCAAGCGGCCCCAACAGAGUGGUGGCAUCAGCAUCUUUCUAUGACCAUUUGUUAUGUCUCUGGGAGUUCUCAUUAAAUUAAGGCAAAGGGAA